AUGGGAAGGCCGGAGCAAGCCUACUCCAGUAUCCUCGGCCAUGGCGAGGCUACGUCGCCCUUCGUCCCCUCCCCGCCGCUCUCGGGCGCGUCGUCUCCAUCGCCCCUGCUUCUACCGGCCAACGCCCAGAGGAGCUCCGCAGGAAGGAGGAGGCACGGCAUCGCCAGGCUGAUCUGUUCGCCCUUCGCUGCCGUCCUCAGAUCAAGGGCGUGCGCGCGUGCCAGUGCAACUACAGACGACAACCAGUCGACGAAAAGGCCAAGCCUACAGGACCUCCUGAGGAUGGAUGCGCCGUCCAAUCUCGACCUCAAGCAGCCCAGCGAGCCAGACAUGGCCGACCCGUUCGACGACUCCAGCUGGAAAGAUAGCGCCAUCGUAGUGUUUGAUUUCGGCGAGGACGACGACACGAGUCGAGCCGAAGACGAAGACCAGGAGGAGGAGGCGCCGCCAUUUGCCAUCAUCAAAGAUCAGCACGGUGCCGUUCCUGGUAACGAGCAGCAGAUGGCGAUCGUGCCUGCGGAGGAGUUCGACCAUGGUGGCCCGGUGGCAGGGAUCGGUGCUGCAGGUGCCGCCAUGCCGUCUCCCACUGUGCUGAUGAACCUGGAGAGGCUCGUGCUCGUUCUUGCGGCGCUGCGCGCGCGCUCCAGGGCCCUCAAGGGCUCCUACGGUAGGCUGGCUGGUCGCCAUCAUGGCGUUGAUGCUGACAAGGCGGAACUGUUCUAUGAUCGGCCGAUUCCGUUGGGCCGGCGGUGCAGGGUGCAGCACCUUGAGGAGACCCCUUACUUCUGAUUGUGGUUUAUUAAGUGGCAGUAAUGUUUUCACUGUCGAAGUGGAAAAGGAGAACCUUGAUUGGUUUCCUGGCCAGAGAUGUACUACUACAGAAUUUGAAUUACAAAUUACUUGUGUUAUUUUACACAAGAGUA